UACUUAUAAGAAAAAAUGAUCUCACUUUUUUUCUUACAUUUCACACUUCUCUUCAGACAAUUAUUCCUCUUAAACUCUCUAUUUAAAGUCUUAAACAGCUGUUUUUUUCCUGUCCAAACAUUAAUUACUGUUCAUGUUCUGCUUAAUUUCUUUGCCUAAGCCUAACGCCUAAUCUGUACUAGACUUUGCAAGUUACUUACUUCUACACACAGACACACACAAUAUGUAUGAUGUAUCUGUACAUGUGAAGUGAGCACACCCCUUGUCUUAACCUUUAUUCUUUCUCUAAAGUGGUGCUUUUAAGUCAAGAUUUGAGGUGGGUUUGACCCAUUAUUAAUCUGGAGACUCAGGUAUCUGGUUUAUCUGGUUUAUGGUGAAAGCUGAAGAAGCUCGUUCAGAUGGUAUAGGGCGUAUAGCAUUGUUUGGAAACUGUUGAUGAUACAAACUCGUUGAAAAUACCAACAGGAUAAAUGAUCAACAAGUCGAUUUUUUUCACCUAUUUGUACCUGCUAAUCUACAUUCUGCUCUCUUCUGGAGUAAUAUUGUACAACAAGUGGGUUCUCUCUCCAAAGUAUUUCAAUUUUCCAUUUCCAAUAACACUAACUAUGAUUCAUAUGGGAUUUUCUGGAGCGGUUGCUUUCUUUCUGAUUCGUGUUUUUAAGGUCGUGUCUCCAGUAAAUAUGACAUUUGAAAUAUAUGCUACAUGUGUGGUUCCAAUAAGUGCCUUCUUUGCAUCAAGUCUGUGGUUCGGGAACACUGCUUUUUUGCAUAUAUCUGUGGCCUUCAUUCAGAUGCUUAAAGCCUUGAUGCCCGUUGCAACACUUUCUGUAGCUGUUUUAGCCGGCACUGAUAAAUUAAGAUGGGACGUUUUCUUGAACAUGAUGCUGGUUAGUGCUGGAGUUGUCAUCUCCUCAUACGGGGAAAUCCAUUUCAAUGUAAUCGGUACAACGUAUCAGGUUACAGGCAUCUUCGCAGAAGCUCUGAGGCUAGUUUUAACACAAGUCCUGCUUCAAAAGAAAGGGUUAAAUCUUAAUCCAAUUACCAGCUUAUACUACAUAGCACCAUGCAGUUUUGCAUUUUUGUUUGUACCAUGGUACUUCUUGGAGCAGCCUGGAAUGGAAGUUGCGCAGAUUCAGUUUAAUUACUGGAUCUUUUUCUCUAACGCAUUUUGUGCUUUAGCAUUAAAUUUUUCAAUAUUCCUAGUGAUUGGUAGAACUGGAGCAGUGACCUUUCGGGUUGCUGGUGUUUUGAAAGACUGGAUACUGAUUGGCCUUUCAACCAUAAUAUUUCCGGAGUCUACCAUUAGUGGACUGAACAUCACUGGCUAUGCAAUAGCAUUGUGUGGCGUAGUCAUGUACAACUACAUAAAAGUUAGAGAUGGCCGCUUAUCUCAACUUUCACUUGAAGAUAUUCAAGAUAGAAGUACAAAGGAAUGGAAGUUAGAGAAAAAGUUGUAUGACGUAUAUACGCCAGAUAACAGCAAUGGCGAUAAUGGAAGAACUGGCAGAGGAGUUAACUCUGUCUCUGAUCUGAAUGUAGAUGAAGAGGCACCUCUAAUUUCUUCAUUAAGAAUGUCUCAUCUUGGACGCACACAGCUGAACGGCAGAGAUGCAUCGUUAUGAUGGCACACAAAUUGACUAACAUCAGAGAAUAUUCUACUCGCAAACAUUAAGCACUGGAUGGCUCUACACUGCUCGACACCCUUGUGGCGCAAAAACUUCAAAUUACUUUUGAAGUGUAGUGUAACUUACUUUUGGAUAAAGAAUGCUAGAGCAUCUUCUUCCUUUAUAGGCAACAAACAGAAAUUUUACUAACUUUUGAUUAAAUAGAAUUAUGCGAGACCUGCUUAUAUCUGAGGCUGCAGCUUCAUCUACUUCCAUAACCUCUUUUACAUUAGACUAUUGUAAUCUUGUCAUUUCCUCCCUCUGGCAACAAAUAUACAUCACCCAUGUUUCACCUCA